AUGUUUCCCAGUUUACAGGUUUGUGUUAUUGUCUCGGUCUGCUUGACCUGUCUUCUGCCCCAGUGCGUGCACUGCUCUGGCUGCAAGAAUCCUCCACCGGCAAAGAACUUCACCAACAGCAGAUACUAUGGCUUGUGGUACGAGAUUGGCAAAAUCCAAACGGCGGGAGGGGCCUUUUUCGAGAAGGACUGCGUAUGCACGACCAUUGACGUCAAACCGCUCUCCAACUCUGACGUCAGAGGUGAUGCUUCGGUCUUAAACAGUUGCCGGAAGAAGACACCACAAGGAACGUUUCUUAACGCCACAGGUAAACUAUCUGACGAGAGCCCAGCAGGUAAAUGGAAAGAAGGGUUUGCCUGGUUUGCACCAAAGGUUGACUACACCAUUAUUGCUUUGGAUGAAGAUUACGCCGUUGAGUACGACUGCGGGACUACUCUCGGCUUCACGAAUUACUGCAUCCAUAUAUUAUCAAGGAAGCCGACACAAUCACCGGAAGUGACGCAGAAGCUCCUCACUUUUGCUGAAUCACUUGGACUGAAUACAGAAAAUUUGAAAUACGUUCAGACUCUGCAAACCGGUUGCUGGUAA